GAGGAACUUAUUAUGAGUGUGUCAGUCUAUAGUCACUCGCUCUCAACCAGCACACACUCUCUAUUCUCUCUCCAGGCCAUGUCUUUCUCUUUUCCAAAAUCAAUUAAGCCAUGAACUAUGGGUCUUUUCCGGCGACUUUUUGGCUCCAAAAAGUCUAGUUCUUCUCCACCGGACAAGGAAAAACGGCGGUGGAGCUUCGCUAGAUCUUCUAAUACAAUUCCUUCACAUACCAAUUUAUCAGCUUCCUUCGAUGACAAUUUUGAUGCCAACAAGCACGCAAUAGCGGUUGCGGCAGCCACUGCAGCGGUUGCCGAAGCGGCACUCGCGGCUGCUCAAGCAGCAGCCGAGGUUGUCAGAUUGACCAGCGGCGCUGGAGGGAGAAUUACUUCUACUGGCACUCCACGUACUGCCUCAGGUCACAUCAGUGGAAGUCACCGGCGAUGGGCAGAGGCGCUGGCUGCGGUUAAGAUACAAUCGGCGUUUCGUGGUUACCUGGCAAGGAGAGCACUAAGAGCACUGAAGGCACUAGUGAAGCUUCAAGCUUUAGUGCGAGGUCACAUUGUUAGAAAGCAAACAGCAGAUAUGCUUAGACGCAUGCAAACAUUGGUGAGAGUGCAGGCUCGAGCUCGUGCUACUCGCUCACAUAUCCCAGAAUUAUGGCAUUCUACUGCUACAACAAACUCUUCUCUGCCUCAUUAUGAAACCGUCCCUGCGUUGCCUCAUAAGGAAUACCGGCUUCGUGCAUAUAGUACAAAAGUUGAUGGAUCCUCAAUCCAUAAGAAAUGUGGUUCGAAUUCAAACUUUAGAGACACCAUGCACCUGGAUGAAGCAAAGCUAGGUUCAAAUUGGUUAGAACAUUGGAUGGAACAAAGUUUCCGGAACAACCAUGCUACCCUUCCAAUGAGAAAGCGACAUGCUGACGAUGAGAGAAGUGACAAGAUUCUUGAAGUGGAUACUUGGAUGCCUCGCAUGAAAUCCCAGCAAAGUACUGGAAUAUUUCAGAUGCCAGAACAUAUUUUGGCUUCAGAUUAUAGCAACCAGAGGUUUGCAGCAUUCGAAUCACCAUCAAAGUCAUCGACAAAGGCAACAAAUCAUAUGCCAACAGUAUCUUCAGAAGAAUUUUCAUCGCUAAGCUCUCUUAAGUUUCCUGUGGGGAAGGACGAAGCUGUUUCAAGGACUGUGGAGAAUAGUCCCCAUGUUUGUUCCCCGUCGUCUAGAUCUAGGGCUGGAAGUAGUGGCAGAAGAGGUACUUUUACACCAACAAGGAGUGAGUGCUCAUGGGGUUUCUUUAAUGGUUAUUCAGGUUACCCAAGCUACAUGGCUAAUACAGAAUCCUUUCGGAAUAAGCUUAGAUCACAAAGUGCCCCAAGGCAGAGGCUAGAGCUUGAAAAAUUUGGUUCAAGUAAAAGACCUGUCCAAGGGUCUUAUGAAGUCGAUACCGUUUCAGAAAGUGGCUUUGCACCGCAGACAAACUUUAGGAACAAAGCUUCUCCAGCAACUGGCCGCAUGAACAGUAGGCCGGGGAGUAACGGUAUAAGGUGACAGCCACUUGUUUGCUAAUAUUUUUUUCCCCAUUUGUUUUUUUUUUUUCAUUUUUCAUGUGUGGCAGAAUGCUAUUGCUGUAAUUAUUUUAACCAUAAUCUCACAAACCUUGCCCUUACAGAACCGAAUAAUUGAUGCUGCAAAAUUUGAGAUUGUAAUUUUUUUAGCAAUGUGUAAUUGUUAUUACAGUUGUGCUCGACUUAGUCAUUUAGUUUAUUCUUAAUGUUAAAUUUUCAAUA